GCCGUCGCGCGAGCCAGCCGCCGUCGCGUCGCUCCGCGCGUCCUUUUCCGUUGCGUUUUGUUCCGUUUGUCAUGUCUGCGAUGGGGGUGGUGCCGAUCCGGCCGAGUCCGCAGAAGGUGACGACGACCACCUGCGUGCUGCUCACCACGUCACCGGCGCCGGUGACGACGGCUCUGAAGGCGCCGGUGCGCCGCCAGGAGCCGGCCGUCCGGCCCAACCGGCGCCGACUCGGCUACUCGUCGUACAUUCCGCCGCCGCAGCCGUCCAACGUGCUGCGCCGCAACGCCCGCGAGAGGAACCGCGUCAAACAGGUCAACCACGGCUUCGCCGCCCUCCGCAACCACAUCCCCAGCGCGGCCAAGAACAAGAAGCUGAGCAAGGUGGACACCCUGCGCCGCGCCGUCGAGUACAUCCAGAGUCUGCAGGCGCUGCUGGAUGAGAGCGACGCUGAGGGAGCGCCGUCAGCGACUCAGAGCCAGCCGUCUUCAUGUCAGCCGUCUCCGCACCAGCCGUCUCUUCAUCAACCGUCCUCUCUGCAGCCGUCACCGUGUCUUCCCUCCGCUCACCUUCCCUCCCCGUGUCUGCCCUCUCCCUGUCAGCCGUCGCCGCAGACCCUGACUCCCUCCAGCGGCUGCAGCGCCGACAGCGGCUACGGCGAGCAGCGCGGCUUCUUUCUGCCGUCUCCUGCGACCGGCUCGGUGGCCGGCCCGCACCUGGCCUCGCCCUGCUCAGACGCCUCCUCUCCGGCGCCGUCCUACUCGUCGGAGCCGACGCUGCUGACGUCACAGUACGACCAGUACGAGCCGUACACACCGGCCGGCUUCAAGGAGGAGUCGUACGCGGACGCUGAGCCCAUUAGCGCAGAAGAUGAGGAGCUCCUGGACGCCAUCGCCUGGUGGCAGUGCAGCCAAUAACCGUCCGAAGCCCGUCCGGCUAUCACCGUCCACACGCACAGGUGGAGAUUCUAGUCAAAGCUGACUGGCCUAGUGCUGCUGAGGCUCACAGUCGCCGCCGCCGUCAUCCGCCGUUCGUCAUCCGUCAUCUGCUGUCCGCCAUCAGUCGUCAUCACUGCGCCCCCGCCGUCAUCGUCGCCUUCAGAUGUGCUGCUCGUCAGUGGAGGAUGCCGCCAGCGCUACACCGGUGGAAACCGACCAGUCGCCAAUCGUCCACGAUCGCCCGUCUACGUUCGGCAGACUCCCGGAGGAGAGGUGCCUCUCAGUGCGUCCGGUCGCCGUCAGGCCGUCUGCCAGCGCGUCCGUCGCCGCCGGUUGUACACGAGCCGACUCCAACACCGACACCCGGCGUCCAGAUCCCGUAACCUAGCCGGCCCUCGCGUCGGCCGAUCGGAUCGCGCAUUAAUUGGACCAGCCUUUCGGGAUAAAGGGACACCAUCAACAUUCAUCAAUCGUGACGCGCGACCACCCAAAAAAACUCGACCGAGACGCGUUUCUCCGGCUCCUGGCAGGUGCCCGCAUGACCGCAGAAGCGCAUCGGGAUAAGGAGUCAGCCCGUUCUAAUGAUUUGACAUGACCUGGCGAGGCAAAGCGACCUGACAUGCCGUGACCUGACCUGACCUGAAUUGGCCAAUGUAUGGCUUAUAAUUGUGAUGCAGUGUCUUGAUGCCCAGUGCCUUGCUUGUUUGUGCCAGCUGCUCAAUAUUCAUAUCAGUCUGUGUUCGGCCGUGAUAUGAUUAAACUGGUAGCAUCAUCUCUCUGUAGAUAUGCCUUGUUGGUCAGCUGUUGACAGUUUGCGGGAUCUCUAUAAGGAGCGUAUACCGCUGCAUUGUUUGAACUAUGUCAGGCACAUCGGUGUGUGAUUUAUCGACCCAUGUUUUUUAUCACUGUCAACAAAGCCAUCGCUAUUUUGUAUCUUUUUACAGCAAUUUGUACAUUUUUAGAUAAUCUUAGUGUAGCUGAAGCAUUGUACAUAAUAAGUGUAUGUACAAAUUUCAUCUGUGACGUUACCCUUAUAGCGACAAUAAAUAUGUGACUAAGAACAA